AUGACCUACCACAGCACUCCUUAUACGGUAUGCCCUACCACAGCAUUCCUUAUACAGCAUGCCCUACCACAUCACUCCUUAUACGGUAUGCCCUACCACAUCACUCCUUAUACGGUAUGCCCUACCACAUCACUCCUUAUACGGUAUGCCCUACCACAACACUCCUUAUACGGUAUGCCCUACCACAACACUCCUUAUACGGCAUGCCCUACUACAGCACUCCUUAUACGGCAUGCCCUACCACAUCACUCCUUAUACGGUAUGCCCUACCACAACACUCCUUAUACGGUAUGCCCUACCACAACACUCCUUAUACAGCAUGCCCUACUACAGCACUCCUUAUACGGUAUGCCCUACCACAUCACUCCUUAUACGGUAUGCCCUACCACAACACUCCUUAUACGGCAUGCCCUACUACAGCACUUCUUAUACGGUAUGCCCUACCACAUCACUCCUUAUACGGUAUGCCCUACCACAUCACUCCUUAUACGGUAUGCCCUACCACAGCACUCCUUAUACGGUAUGACCUACCACAGCACUCCUUAUACGGUAUGCCCUACCACAGCACUCCUUAUACAACAUGCCCUACCACAGCACUCCUUAUACGGUAUGCCCUACCACACUACUAUUUAUGCCCUACCUCAGCACUCCUUAUACGGUAUGCCCUACCACAACACUCCUUAUACGGUAUGCCCUACCACAUCACUCAUUAUACGGUAUGCCCUACCACAGCACUCUGUAUACGACAUGUCCUACCACACCACUACUUAUGCCCUACCUCAGCACUCCUUAUACGGUAUGCCCUACCACAGCACUCCUGUAUACGGUAUGCCCUACCACAGCACUCCUUAUACGGUAUGCCCUACCACAGCACUCCUUAUACGGUAUGCCCUACCACAGCACUCCUUAUACGGUAUGCCCUACCACAGCACUCCUUAUACGGUAUGCCCUACCACAGCACUCCUUAUACAACAUGCCCUACCACAGCACUCCUUAUACGGUAUGCCCUACCACACUACUAUUUAUGCCCUACCUCAGCACUCCUUAUACGGUAUGCCCUACCACAGCACUCAUUAUACGGUAUGCCCUACCACAUCACUCAUUAUACGGUAUGCCCUACCACAGCACUCCUUAUAUGGUAUGCCCUACCGCAGCACUCCUUAUACGGUAUGCCCUACCACAGCACUCCUUAUACGGUUUGCCCUACUACAACACUCCUUAUGCCCUACCACAGCACUCCUUAUACGGUAUGCCCUACCACAGCACUCAUUAUGUGGUAUGCCCUACCGCAGCACUAGUUUGGACAAUUUUCCCAAAAACGAUAACUGUGCUUUUGAUAAUCUACCAUUUUAA